CAUUCACACCCUCACCUCUCUUCAGCAGCUGUCCAUUGAGGGCUGCUUUCGCCUCCAGGACUUCCCCAAGAGAGGCUUCCCUCCCACGCUUGGGAGCUUGUGGAUCUACAAAUGUCCUUUGAUUGGUAGAAAGUGCUUAAGAGAGAAAGGAGCUUAUUGGCCCAUCCUCAAAGACAUUCCACACCUGAAUGUACGUGACUGAUCAGUGGAAUCAUCCAUGCCAAAGAAGGUUUGCUUCUUAUUGUACCUAGAAGUUUAGCCCGCGCUAUCUUACAUAUUCAUAUACACACAUUUCUCCAGCUAAAAACAGUAGUUUUCUGAUCUUCUCGGCAAUCAGGCCUAUCCAUAUCCAUAUUCUAUUCGGUUGCCUAACUGUCAGCCGAUACAGCUAAAGUAACACUGGAAAAAGGGCACAUUCUGAUGAAACUCAGGAUAACUCGAGAGUUCAGCUUCUUGAUCAGCUGCUCGAAUAUGGCAGAGAGGAAAGCAGUUCCGAUCGCUUCCAUGGCGUUGAAGAAAGGGAGGGAAAUGUUCUGCAACCGACGAAAAUGCCAAUCUGCAUUUCAAUAGUCCCAAGUCCCAACUUGAUCCUGGUCAAUGGUCGUUGGUGUUAUGGGCCAGUAAAAUAAUGGGCUGAAUAAAACAAGUCCAUCAUGUACCCAUUGGGCCGAAUUAAAAAAAAAACCCUCAAACGAGCCGGGUAAAGAAGCUCCAUUUCGGGUUUCAUUGUUUCGCUCGGAGUCGAAGCAAAUUGUCCAUUCCCAGAAGUUAAUCGUUCUCCUGAGACGCGAAGCAACAAUGGCGGUUUCCACUAUCUCCAUCCCCACAGUAAUUCACCAGCUAUUCCUCUCCUGCGCCUUCCCUUCUUCUUCUUCAUUCUCAUCUCCCGCCUCCACGGUCUCCUUCUCGAAGCCUCACAGCGCACCGUCUCCCGCCAUUUCCCGAGCUUCCUCUUCGCCAUCCUCCUCGUCUUCGUCGUCUCGAAGCAAGAGCAAGACGUCGACGGCGAAGAAGAAGAAGAAGAAAGGCAAGAGCGGAGGUGGCGGGCAUGACGACUGGAAGGAUUUGGGCUUGAGCGAGGUUGAAGUCGUUAAACCUCGCGGCGGAGGCCGGGAUUAUGACGAUGGCGAUGAUUUUGAUGAUUACGACGAAGGUGCCUCGACUUCCAAUUCGAGGUAUAAUGCUUCACCGACUACUCCACUGCCGAAUCCUCCCGCUGGCUUUUUCGUAUCUGAGUCCGGCAAGGUUUCCAUGACUUCCGGCAACCGGAUUGCUACCAUUGUUGAUGCUACGAAUAAUAAUCCAUUAGAGUGUGUUAUAAGGAGGGUGUUUAGAAGUUCAAGAGGGGAUGAAUGCAUGCUCCUAUGCCCGGUCGAUACGCCAGUUCAGAUUUUGAAGAGCACGAAUAUUGAGGGGUGGUCUGCGGUCAGUGAUGAUGAAGUGGAGGCUAUACUUCCUGCUGCAGCAUAUGCUUUGGCAAAGAUCCACAUGCAUCUAGUCCAUAGCGGAUUCUGUUACACAGCAAGGGGAGGAUUUUGCUACUCGGAAGAUGACAUAUUUGAUUUCCGCACAGGCAAGGACCUUCGGCUAGCAUUUUACGACGGAGAAACUGUCGAUGGCUUACCAACAGAGGGUGUUGAAAUCACAUACUUCCAUCUGGAUGGUGCACAUUACAUGAUAUAUACUCCAUCAGAUCCACUUCUUUUUGUCGCCAUUAAGGAUCGAGAUGGAGUGCUGCAAAUAGCUGAUGAUGAUCUUUUGGAGGACCCAGCUAUCGUAAGCGCGAUUGAUGAGGAGACUGAAUUUAAUGCGCUGGUGGAGGAAGAAGCUGCUCUUAUGGAAUCUUUGAUGGGCAAAAGUUGAUUACAAAAGUUGCAAACACCAUCAACAUAGCAAGGUGUGGAAGGCGAUAUCUUGAGCCGAUCUGAGGUAUGUUUCCUCUCCAUACCGCUGUAGGCUUCAUGUCGAAUCACGAGUAUGAAACACUAGAUUAGUUUUCUUAAUGAGCUGGAUACGAACCCUAGUCAAACUGAUUGUUGUGUAAUUAGAUUAGAUUAAAUUAGAUUUAGAUUAGAUCAGAUUAGAUAGGACUUACAAGGAUGUCCAAUUCUCUGUCCAAAGUGCUGGCUUGGAUGGGGAGUUCGGCCCUGCGAAAGUUUCUCCACAUCUCAUCCCAUUGCAUGAGUUUAUCUGCAUCCAGUCAAUCUCGUGAGCGAUGAUUAGCGUCUUAAUCCACGGAUCUUACUGGUUAAAAGUGGGGAGUACUAAGUACUAACCACAGGGUCAGGAGCAUCAGGUUGCUUGCACAUCACCCAGGGUACUCCAGUUUGGAGAUCAACGGCCAUUUUGGCUGCCCACUCCACAUAUGCUUUCCCUUCCUCUUGGAAUGCUGCUUCUACAUUUCCAUACUCGUUCUCUACCUGCACGAAAGUUAUCAUAUUAUCAAUUAGUCAGAAAGUAUUGGUUUACUGUCACCUAUGGCGCGGUAAACUUUUCAUCCAACAGGUGGAACGUCAUCCACGACACUCGUGGAUGAGGUCUCACACGUCGUCACAUUAGAGGAUCCUUAUUUGCUUCCUUCUGGGAAAAAUCUUUUACUCCCAUGGGCUUAUGUUACCCUACCCUACUCUUCAUCAGCUACCUUGUGUUGCUUCCAAGGAAACGAUCUAACCUCGUUUUAACUUUUCUUUUCGCAAUCGCAAUAUCGAUUUGGACUUACCUGUGAUAAGAUUAUCGGGCCACCUUGUGAAGCGUACAAACUCUCCGCCUUCAUCAUGUCCACUAUUUUCGUAACGAAGUUUUGCAUGUAUUUCUGUAAGAAAACAGAUUGCCAUCACAUUUAACCACAUACAAUAACUCAGCUUUAGUCAUCUUUUCUCAACUUUCUUUGAACAAUAAUAAUAUAUAUAUGUCAACG